AUGGGUCCCUGUACGGCCUCCAUUGCUGCUGUCUCCAUCGCCACACUCAUGCCAUGUUGCCACUUUCAGGUUCUCCUCACACUGCUGGUGGUUAUCAUUUUUGCCAUAGGGUGCUGUAUGGCCGCCCAUUGCUGCUGCCUCCACCGGCCCACAGCCUAUGGCUACACCACUCUGGUUUCUGGCCCCGGUGACACUGCCCAAGAUGGAUAGUGAAAGUGUGUCGGUGAUUCUAAGAUCGCCGGCACUCAUCUGCAUGUCAUACUGGACUGACAGUAUUAUUUCUCUUCCCCAGCAGACUCCAAGGCAUUUAAAUUAAAGGUACAGUGUUUCAGCACUACAUAUUA